GGGUUGACGUUAACCCAAGACCCCGCCACUAGCGAUGACAGUGGCAGGGCUUCUGAACGUCUGACUGGAUCAUCCGUAGCCCCACGAGAUGCCGAUAGCUCGAGGGAUCGACUAAGCGAUGCCAGCAGUAGAUGUAGUUCAGGAAAAGGAUAUAUCUGUGAUAGCGAGGGUGAAGACGAUAAGGGCUCUGACGCCAGCUCGGUGAUAUUUGCGUCGACGCCGGCGUCGCGUAAGCACGAAUUUCCAGGUGCCCUGCCGCCUAGUCUGCCCAGUCUGAACCAUGGUACGAGCAGUUCGCCGGUACCAGCGCCUACGCCGCCGAAUUUACCAGUGCCGUCUCCCGCCCCCGCCCAACAACCGCCGCAACAUCCACCUCAGGCGAUCGCCUCGGCCUCCGUCUCUUCGGCGGCCAGCGUGGUCGCCCCUUCGCCGGCUACCGCGGCCGUCGUCAAACCCGCGCAAGAUCCACUGCCGCCUCCGCCGAUAUCUUCGAUAGCGAGCGUCGUACCGCAACCUCCACCCGUUACAAUGCCGAGCGUCCCGACGGCCGUAUCGAUGCCGCAACCUGCCGCCGCUCCAGUGGCGCACCACCCCUCGAUUCCAGCCGCCCUCGAUUCGACGAACAACAUCCCCGGCGGUCAUGCGAUGCGUACUGAGAGCCCAGCCGUUGCAACGUCUGCCAACGUGGCUGUGGCACCUUCGCCAAAUCAGUACCACCAUCCAGCAUCUUACCAGCACCAGCAAACCCCCUUAUACACUCCAUACGCGACAACGGCCGCCACUGCACCACCACCUCAUGCCGCUUCUCCUUACAUGUCGACACCUACGCCGCUGACGGCACCUGCUGCAGCUGCGGUGUCUGUCAACGCGGCGCCGCCUCCACAGAUGGCGCCACAGGUAGUGGGCAAGGCGACGGUACCGCCCCAUCACGAAAGGGAAAAGACGUUAAUGCAGCCUUCGCAGAGGGGGCCGAGCCCCAUGAGAGAAAAUAGGGAAAGGGAGAGCUACAGUAAUGUCAGCAGUUUGAGCAGAACCAGCGUAACGACAACGCUCAGUAGUUGUCCCCCGCCCUCCACCACAGUGUCUUCUAGUCUAGCAACAAGUAAUCUGAGCAAGCCUUGGACGAGUAGCGCCCAAUCGGUUCCAGUAUCGAUGUCGGCGUCGCAACCUGUGGCUCCCGCUCCGCCUACUCAAUUGAGUCCCGCCCCGCCGAGACCGACUCCGCCUAUGCACUCGUCAUUCCCGAACGCUCCCAUGUUCGCGGCACCUCUACCUCCGCCCGUUUCGAGAGCUAGUCCCAUGGCCGUGCCCACUGCCAUACCGCAGGCCAAUCCAAAUCCGUUUUCGGCCGAGAGUUUGUUCCAGAGCAACAAAUAUCCCACGAAUCAAGCUGAUAUGUUGCGAAGGGAACUGGAUAGCAGAUUUUUGGCUUCACAAGAUAGAUCAUUGGGAGUGGCACCUCCGCCGUAUUUAAGGACGGAAAUGCAUCAACAUCAACAUCACCAUACACACGUACAUCAGCACACGACGUCCUUAUUGCCUCCACCUGCAGCGUCGAGUCUCUAUCCCUCUCAAUUGUCUUUAACACCAGUGGAACCUUUAGCCAGGCGACGAGAAAGUAGUUUUAAGGAUAUUCCAAAAUUGGGAAGCGUCGAUUCCCCGUUCUACCGACAAAACAUCGGACUACCUGGAACUUAUCCUGGAUACACUCCGGGUUUAAUGCAUCCAGGCCUCGCUUCUGGACCUACGCCGUUUGUGCCACCUAAUCAUCUACCCACGUUCCAACCUAAGUCGAUGACCCCUCAAGAUCCAAACAAGCCCAAAAUAGUGAAAACCGGUAAAUGGAAUGCCAUGCACGUACGAGUCGCCUGGGAAAUCUACCAUCAUCAACAGAAGAGCGGCGAAGCUAAAGGUAGCUUAGCCAGCGCUACGGCGGCAGCGAAAACAUCCGCGGAUUUAUUGAGGCCGCCUACGCACCUUUUCUCGCCCAGCGUUCACGCUAGACCGCCCCACGAGCUGUCGCCGUUCCAGAUGUCUUUGGCCAAUCACAGGCCGCCUGGCUUUGAUCAGCCACAUCAUCCCGGCUCCUUGUUUACAUCGCCGGCAGGGCAUUUAGGAAAAUCACCUUUCACCGCGGCUUCCACAAUGUCGCCUUUCACGCGAUACGGCGGUGGCCCUUUAGGACCUUCGGGGGCGUCGCCGUUUUCAAUGUCGCCGUUCGCUAGGGAAAACCAUCUGGCGUCGUUGGGUCAAUUGCACCACGAUCCGUGGAGAUCUUUGCAGAGGUCGAUGUCUUCAUUCCCGCCUUCGGUGAAUCCUCUACCGCCGACGUUGCCCGGUUUAGGACCGCCCGGUCCGCCGGCCCCUUGGACCAUCAAACCGGAUCCUAUCUUGGAGCAGAGAGAACGCGAAGCUAGGGAAAGAGAGGAGAGGGAGAGGGAAAGACUCAGAAGGGAGAGAGAAGAAAGAGAAAGGAGAGAACGGGAGGAGAAACAGAGGAGGAUUGAACAACAGCAACAGGAACAACGCGAACGGGAACGAAAAGAACGAGAAAAACGCGAGAUGGAAAGGAGAGAAUUGGAAAGACAGAGAGAAAGGGAACGCGAAAGGCUUCUUCAAGAACAAAGACUUGCGGAAUCGGCCAAGAUGCAACCGCCCCUAAUGAGGGACAGAUCGCCGCUCAGAAACGGAGAUAUGUCGGAAAUUAGAAUAAAAGAAGAACCUAGGAUAAAAGAAGAAGACAUGAUGGCCAGAACGGAUCCGAGCUUUUACAGGUACAAUCCGUUCCUGCGACAUCCCGGCUCGUUGCCGCCUCCCGGACCACCUCAGUCUGUUUUGGAUCGAUCGAGGAUGAUGCCCCACGGUUUACCGCCGCACCCGUACCAUACGCCCACCACCCAUUGGGGCGCCUCACCUCAUACGGAUCCGUUUUAUCGGUACAGUUACAACCCCAUCGUCGAUGCUAUGCGAGCACAGGAAGAGAGGGAAAGGGCGAGUUUCUUUGGAGCUUACGGAGCGCCACAUCAUCCUAGCCAGUUAAGACCCAAGGAUCCGGCGCUGAUGCACUUAAGACCUGGACCUGGGCCUCCGCAACAAAAUCCUCACAAAAUGAGCGUAACUCCACCGACGGACUUGCACAAAAAAGAGGAACCACGAUAG